AGUAGCAAACUUGUGCCACACGCCGUUAGGUGGCCCUGUCGUGAAUGCGGCAGCCGACACAGACAUAGACGCACCGAUUCGACGCUGGUGUGUGGCUUGAAUGUGGAGGAGGCGCACUCGCCCUCGCACUGCAGCAGUCGCAGUCGCAGCGACGUCAGCGCAAACAACGCAACGGUAGUUGGGCACCUACACUCCUUGUACCCGGCCUAGCCAGGGCAACAAUACAAACAUUUUUUGCUUUUCCUUUAUAAAUGCCGUCGCGCGGGAAUCGUCUCUUUGUAGGUAUGCGUGUGUGUGAAAACAGCAAACACGUAGCAAUAACGAAACGAAAAAACUCGAUUCGAACGUAAAAUUAAAAUAUUGGUUCGCCGGAAACCACUAACGAACCACGCAACGAACGCACAAUGAAUUUCACACCCUUUGGGAACACCUUUCCGGGCCUUCCACAGUUUACGACGACGACGUCGCCGUUGGUGUCGACGGUAACUGCCGCUGUGGCCGUUGCCGAUGCCGAUGUGACUGCGGCCAACAACAAUCAACAGCAACAACAGGAGCCCGGCGGCAGCGGCAAUCGCUACCAACAACAACAACAACAACACCAGCAGCAACAACAGCAGCAGGUGACUACGGGCGUAUCUAUGACGCACUUCAGCCAGCCCAGCAGCAGCGCCGCCGCCGGCAGCAAGUUUCGCAGCGGGCAGGAGGAGGCGCUACAGGGCGAUAAAUACAAUGGGCAUCUGGUGGCCACCGCGACACAGCAGCAGCAGCAGCAGCAACAACAACAGCAGCAGCCACAAUAUGCGACAGUCUAUGCAACCAGUGCCACGACGAGCGCAGUGGAUGCCCUGCAGGCGAGCAGCUCUGGUCAGCAGCAGCAGCAGCAACAACAACAGCAGCAGCAACAACAGCAGCAGCAGCUGCAACAGCAACAAGUGGUGGCGCCGCAGGAACUGACACAGGAUCUAUGCAAUGCCAUAUUGCAGCAACAAGUGCUACAGAAUACCUCCUGGCAAACGAUCACGCCCGGCACGACCGUCGCCGACUACCUCUCGCAUCUUCCAGCCAACACGUUGCCACUGUCGCUGCACCACUUUCUUAAGUACUCCGCGGAGACCAUCAAAAAGGAGAACCAGCAGAAUGUGGUGCUGCAGGUGCAGACGGGACCAGGCGCAGCCAUUGGCAUCAACACCAUUGGCACAACGACAACCAUAAGCAUACCUCAGCAGGAGCAGCAGCCGCUGCAUCAGCAACAGCAGCAGCAGCAACAACAGCAGCAGCAGGCAACACUGCAGUUGCAGUCGCAGGUCGCGGUGGCGAGCACCUCGACAGCCGUAAGCGGUACCAAGAAGAAAAAACGCAAAAAGCGCUCGAAAGAGCGCAAGCCAAAGCUGCGUCCCGGUGAGAUUCGCAUGGGAACUGCACUAGACGGUAGCCCGCUCUACAUGUGCCCCGAAUGUCAUGUGGCAUAUCCAGAGCCGGAGUUGCUCGAGGUGCAUCUGGUGGGACACAAUCUGGAGCGGCGCUAUGUAUGCGAUAUCUGUCAGGCAUCGCUCAAGCGCAAGGAUCAUCUCACACGGCACAAACAGUCGCACAAUCCGGAACGACCGUACAUCUGCACCGUCUGCCUGAAGGCCUUUAAGCGCAAGGAGCAGCUGAGCCUGCACUUUGUCAUCCAUUCGGGCGAGAAGCGGCAUCAGUGCCAGGAGUGCGGCAAGGGCUUCUAUCGCAAGGAUCACCUGCGCAAGCACACCCGCUCCCACAUAGCCAGGCGCGUCAAGGCGGAGCUAAAUAGCCAUGUGCGGCGCGAGAACGGCACCAGCAUGUUGCAGCCUGUGGUGACGGCUGCCACAACGGCGGCCGUGCAGCAUGCCAAUCAGCAGCAGCUUCAAUUACAGCAGCAGCAACAACAGCAGCAGCAACAGCAGCAGCAACAACAACAACAACAACAACAACAGCAGCAGCAGCAGCAGCAACAACAACAACAUCACAUUGUCGUCAGCCAACAACAACAGCAGCAAGCAACUGGCCAGCAGCAACAACAGCAAAUGCUAAAUUAGCCAAAUGAUUUUUGUAAAGUCAGUUAAAUCAAAAUUCAAAAACCAUGCCACAUUUGAACAUGCAACACGCGACAGCAACAACUGUUGCUGUUCGCAACAAAUUCAAGUCCAAAAAAAAACUCUCUCGGUCCACGCAAUUUAAUUGACUCACACAAAUCGGAUACAAGAAUAUCGUUGACGAUAUUCAGCAAUACAAUAGCUAAAAUUUAAAGGACCUCCCAUCCUUGGGGGCAUCCGUCGACACUGUACAAUUAUUCCUAGGAAACAACGUGACACAAAGCUAGUCCUAAAAAAAGUGCUAUAAACCUGGGACCAGAAGCUUGAUUAACUUGAUUUUUAUACAAAAUAAAUUUAUAGCGGUCGCUCGCAAAUGUUUGAAAAAUUUGAAAAUGAAACAGUUUCGUCAAGUUCUAUAUUCGAAAGUGUUUGAAAAGACACAAUAAAAAUUGUAAAUAUUAUUUAUAUCGAGCGAUCAUUGUAAAUAAUCUUAUAGCAAAAAUAACACAGCUAAAAGUAUUUAACCUUAUUAUGAAUGAUUGUUCGUAUUCUUGUUUAAAUAAGUCCAACUGUCCUUAUUAUUAUUAUAAAACUAUUACCAAUUAAGUUAAAGCAAUGCCAAAAGGGUAGAAAAUUGUAUAAUAUUGGGCAUACAAAUGAAGCAUAAUUGCAUAAUUAUUUUUUGGAUAUAUUUUCAAAUCGUCAAUUUUCUUUUAAAUAUAUCAAUUAAACUUCAAAUAUAGGUCCCAGAGCGCCGAUGUGAUAUUCUGUCGGCCGUACUUUAAGACAAAUGUGCAAAGAGAUUAUAAUUUUAUAUGCGAAUCGCGUAUUUUAGUAAAAUGUAUUUUUGUAUAAAGUGAAUCUAUGUAAAUAUUUGAAAGAUAAAAACACGGUGUAAAUGCAGCAAACUAUUUAUGUACUCCUAAUAACGAAACAAAGCGCAAUUUAGAUAUAAGUACGAACUAGAUACUAUGAAUGUCCUUCGACUUUUGAUAACACCGAUUAAACCAUUUGUAAAUACA